CCGGGUCGAGAGGCGGGCAGCCUCAGUCGGAGUAGCGCCAGGGGAGGACAACAGCCCCGUUGUGCCCAAAUCGCAGAAAACCCAGGGACCCGAGAAACCUACACAAAACCUGUGGCUCUUCCUAACGAGCGUGCACCUAAAGAGACGAUACAGAGAAGAUGAAAAUAUCCCUGGUUGUUGCUAUUUUAUGUGUUGCACUUUUGACCGGCGAUGCUACGCCAUCAAACCGAUUGUCCUGUUACAAAAAAGUGCUGAAGAACCGGGACUGUCAUAAUAUCGCCAACGGGAUCGAUAUGCUGCGACCCAUCGACUCCCUCCAGAACCACUUCUGGGAAGGAAGCAAAUGCGACGUGGUCUGUUUCUGCAACUUCAGUGAGCUGUUGUGCUGCCCCAGAGAUGUUUUCUUCGGACCGAAGAUCUCCUUUGUCAUCCCAUGUAAAAACGCUUGAAGGCAGAUUUCCUGGAGACGAGCGGCAGCUUGAGACGCGCUGCAGGCGAGGAGCUGGACGAACCGGUCUUUCUCCCUCUUCGGAACACCCACGACCUCCCCCGUCGUAACUUGUAAAACACUAUAAAUGCGCAAUCUGCAAUUUAAAUACAUUGCAGCUGAUGACUUACCAGUGUAAUAAUGAUUACGGUGUACAUGACUGAAGUCUCAACGUGUCCUCGAGUUCAGGUCUUAAGCGCUUGAAUUUCGUGAAUACCACACUACAAGCAGACCGUUCCAUCUGUCGAAGCUGACGUUUAUUUUCAUAACCACAUUAGAAACACCUUAUAAAAAGAAAACGGACUCUACCAUUGUUUUAAAGAAAUAUUACAACAGAGUAUGAGUAUUGUACACACAAUGUACUCGAAAUACACUUGAUCAUUUAUAUAAUUAUAAUCAAGUUCCUUUAAAAUAUUUACUCAUGUAAAUUCAGAUUAAACUUUUUGUUCAAAACAUUGUGUUGUAUCGAAAUCAACGUUUAGCGUUUUUAAUUAACAGUUUAUUUGUUUUGCUAAUUACCAUAGGCUACCGUGAAGCCUUUGUUAUCGGACCAAAAUGCAACUGUUGGUUUAAUUUUAAGGUUGCAUUAUCUGAGUAUACUUAAAUUAGUCUGUUUGUACCCGCAGCUAGCAGAACUUCUACAAGACGCUUAACUGUUUCCAAGUAUCUUAUUUCACCCACGUCUGUCGUAUAAUUUAAAAACUGCAUGUAUAGCCUUUGUUUUGCUGGUAAAAGGAGUUGCAGUGUACUGAACUGCUGGCAAGACUUCUGUGCGCUGCAGCGACGCAGCAGGAUGCGAAACCUUAUAACUGCCUGCAUCUCCUCAUAUUUCCGUUGUAAGUCAUAUCGGUUUCAUUUUUUAACAGAAUUGCUGUAGCCGGUAACACAUUCAAAGUCGGAACAUCCUCAGAGACAGCGGGGUAAUUUGAUAGGCUCAUGCAUGCUAAACUAUUUAGCUAAAACUCCGUGAAGUCUGUCCUGACUUAGCCAAGAGAAAGGUGAGAUUGUGAGGGGAUGUUACUUGAGAGUGAAAGACUGACUCACACGCCCUGUGACAUCAUUAGUGGGCUUCAUGUAUGAAUUCCUACAUAUUUUGGGGGAGGGGGUAUUCCACCCCAUAGUUUACAGAAAAGUAGGUGAAACUAAAGAAUGCGUGUCUGGCCCCCACAGGGUUCAAGUUACCAAUAUAUAACUUUUUACAUUCCCACCCCCCCUGCUUCUUCCCAAAAUAUUUAGAUGUUUUUUCCUAAUUCAUUGCAUUAUAGGAAAUCAGGCCAUAAAGGACUGAUGUGUAAAUGUUUCCUAAUAAUAGCAAUGAUAUUAAACUAUCUCAUCUCGGACAUUACUCUACACCUACAUUUUAAACAGGCUAGUAAACAUAUGCAUCAGUUAAACUUAAAAGCUUCAAGGAUAGAUGGUAAUGUCAUGGUACUUUAAUGGCUCUGUGAGCAUUUUCACACUUGGUGAACCUCAUUCACCUCAGCCUGUCUUUUAAGGCCCAUCCACUAUGCGAGAGGUGUUUUUUCAGUCGUUGGGAUUGAUAAACAGCUGGGGGCUUAGGGUAUGUAAAUGAUUCAUGCACCUUUGCUUCAGAAUGACUUUGCACUACAAUGGCCGGUGGUAGUUUCAGUGAUAGCUGCUCAUUCCCAUAUCCAUUAAGAGCCCAGCAGGAGAGGAGAGCAAUCACUAUUGGUCACCUUAGAAUUGAUUUGCUAUUGGAGUUUCCAGCUUUAAGACUAUUGUAGGUCUGAAUUAUGGGUGGGUAGUAGGGGAAUCACCCUGAAAACAAUGCUAAGGAAUAUUCUGGACUUUGAGAUAAAAUAAUGCUUUGCUUUAUCAACAUUUGUCACAAAGAAUUUGAACAUUAUUCCUACUCAUACCAUUCGAAAAAUUCACAUCAAGUUCUUCAUUCCAGGACCAGACAUGCAGGGGUUUGUCAUAAACCCCCUAUUCCAGCAACAAGUGUAUAUUGUAACACAUUAAAAUUUUGGAUUAAAAAAUUAAAACCAGC